AUGCUGAUGGGCGCCUACCGUGAUGGGCAUCGCGGGAUCCGCAUCGCCUACAGGACCGAUGGGCAUUAUCUCAACAGCCGGCGAAUGCAGGCCCCGACGCGUCUCCCCGCACCUAGUAUCCAGGAUCUGCUCUUCGAUGACAACUGCGCACUCGAUACUACGACCGAAACAGACAUGCGACGGAGCAUAGAUCUCUUUGCCUCUGGCUGCGCCAAAUUCAGACUGACCUUCAAUAGGGACAAAACGGUGGUCAUGCAACAACAGCCACCGACCGCUGUAUACAGUGUCCGUCACAUCCACGUCAACGGCACCGAAAUGCAGACUGUGGACAACUUCGCCUUCACAGGCGUUACAAUGUCACGGUGUAUCAGAAUGGACAGUUAAGUGGCUUAUCGGAUCUCCAAAGCCAUCCAAUCUUUCGGUUGAUGUAGAACGUCGUGUGGAAUCGCCAGGGUCUUCAAAUGAACACCAAACUGAAGGUGUACAACGCCGUCGCCCUGACGAAACUUCUUCAGGAUGUUGAGACCUGGAUAGUCAACUCCAGCUAUGUCAGGAGGCUCAACCACUUCCACCUUAGUUGCCUCGGCAGAAAACUGAAUAUGAGACGGCAAGACAGGAUCCCGGACACGAAAGUACUCGAAAGGGACAAUUGGAAUUACGCUGGAGUGGUCAUCUCGUGGAAAUAUAAAAUGCAGGUCUGCCGAGACAAUUUUGCUACGGAACUGUUACUUCGGUUACUCUACAACAGCAAGGACAAAAAAGAUGUUUCAGGAAAACUGCAGAGAACUCUGCAAAGCGGCUGCAGAUCAAUUCGGAGACCUGAGGAUAUCUGGCCCAGAAUAGACUGGUCUGAAGAAGAGAAAUGAAGACCGGCGCGACCAUCUUAAAAUCCAACCGGAUCGUUGUCAAAGUCAAAAGUGAGGCUCGCACCGGCCCCGACUCCUCAAUGUCAACAGCCGUCUCCAACAGUCCUCCGUUGCCAACGCAUAUUCAGCGGACGUAUCAGCAUCUAAGGGCACCUACGGAAGCAAUACACUAACAACCCGGCAACAUCAACUUCUCCUCCUACGAACAAACUUAAGAUCACCCCUGCCGAAACCCCGCACUCGUAUAAGCGAGGGAACUUUCAUGGCAUUCGGACUUUUAUUAUCUGAAAAUCGAGGAUGUGCUGUCGAGGUAGACCCAAGGAUGCCUGAAAUUUCUUGUAUGGUCAGAUGGCACCUGGCCAUUGUAUCGGAAUCUUCAUCAGCUCAGGAAACUAUUUCAUCCCAGUCAAAAGCAACCCGAUCUCCAAUGCCCAUGUAACUUCCGUUUUGCUGCUUCCGUAUCUUGCCAACGCUGGACCGAACGGUAGUUUUUUUCCUAUCAACAAUUAAGUAGGCAACUAGGACUGAAAUCACUGUCUAAUGAAGUCUGUUCAUAUCAAACUGUUGGGAAUGGAAGUAGACAAAUUCCAUUUCACUCAAGUUUCUAGAGUCAUUUGGCAAAAGGGGAGCAUUGCACGUGGAACAAACCUCGCGGUUGAUCAAUGACUUUCCACGAAGUUCCAAUGGCGUUGGCCACCGAGCAGUUGUAAAACCCACCAACUGCUGAGUUGGGAGGCAGCAGCGGCACUUUCAGGCUCCAGCCGAACUCUGUUCUCCGCAAAGAGAUUGGUGUGUCUGAUGUCCUAGCGCUGCCAUCACCGGCUCCAAAAAGCACCAUCGUCGUCUUGCCUCCCGCUGCGUGCAGACGAAGUUCGAGGGAGCCGAGGUUCGGAAUGGGAAGACCAGAAACCUCGCAGAGGAGGUAACUUACACUGGACUCCCCGAAAGACUUGAGCACAGUCAGGUUUAUAUGAGGCUUGACUAAAACACAAGGGACAACUUGAGAAAUUUACUGACAGCGAUCUGGAUGUUGGGCGGAUGAGUGUUAUGUCAGGUACAGUAGGAGGACUAACUCAAGAAAUGUCAACCAAAAUUUCGAAAUGCGUUCUCGUUUCGAAAAGAUAAAUUAAGUAGUGUUGUAAAACUAAUCGUGAUGCAGCAUAAAUCUAUAAUGAUCCAGUUACCUCAGGGUGUCGGCUUUUGAAAGAACUUAUGUUCGGCUGCAUGCAAGGUCCAUACUCUGCAAAAAUGACUACUUAAGUAGUAUGCAAUGUUCUCAUUGAUUUUCGAUGCCCUUGAAAAUUCAAUUAUAUUUCAUGGAAAACAUGCAUAAAAAUAUUCAUUCUUUUACUUAUUCAGUAGAAAAUCACGUCUUCUUUCAAUUUCAUACUCAAACAAAGAGUAUAAUUCGAUUUUAAAGAAGUUUCUAAUUGUGAGAUUUGUUAAUACCGUUAAAUGGCCGUUCAUGAAAAGUCAUGUAUCUGCAUUGUGACAUGGCGACCGUAAACCGCCAUUAAAUAAGUUUACUAGCCACCGCUGCCUUGUGGUUAGGCCUUUAAGCCAAAGCGCUAGAGGAGACAACCUCGAACAAACAAUCCCAGCGGCUGUUGGGGACCCGCCCGUAUUCGAAAUUCCCAAGAAACCUCAUGCAACAUGUCCAAUAACAGUACUACGACCCAUGCUACGGCGUCCGCGGGAACCGACGCGCUCCGCAACCGUAGUCCAGUGGUGCGGGCGAAUAGUAUGCGAGCUGGACUACUCAAUCGUGGAAGGACUCUCGGUAUUGGAUGCUGGAAUGUACGAACGUUCCUGGACCCUGGUACCCAAAGUCUGACCGCACGCAGCCUUCAUCAGUACAACGUGGAUGUCUGCUGUCUGUCUGAGGUACGACUUCCUGACUCGGGCUCUCGUGAAAUAAAGAUCCCGGGAGUCGAAUCCCACUUCACUCUGUACCACAGCGGCCCCCGCGAUUCCUCUGGUCGACACGGUGUGGCGAUCGCCUUAUCAACAAGCGGAGCUUGCGCUACUUGCUUGGGAACCAGUAAAUGACCGGAUGGCCUACGUGCGACUGAAGGGUCACUUCACGAACAUCUCCAUCGUCGCUGUGUACGCACCAACUUCGGCUGCCGAACAGCGCGAUAAAGAGGAGUUUUACUCUCAGUUGCAAGCACUAGUUGAAAGACUGCCUCGCCGCGAUCUGCUGAUUGUUGCUGGCGAUUGGAAUGGUCGAACUGGACCUGGCGACCCCACAACCAGUCAUCUUCUUGGCCGCUUUGGGCUUGGUUCUCGAUGUGAAAAUGGUGAGAGAUUGCUGAACUUCGCUGAUCGAAACCGACUGCUUGUCACCAACACAUGUUUCCAGCAUCGCAAAAAACAUCUGCUGACCUGGUAUUCAAACGACGGUCGUACGGCCAGUCAGAUUGACUACAUACUAGUCAGCUCAAGGUUCCGCAGCUGGGUUCAUGAUAGCAGAUCGAUGCGUGGUGCCGAGACUGGUAACGCCCAUGGGUCGGAUCAUGUCCUCGUCCGUACACGCCUGAAAGUUCACCUCUCAUCCGCACCAAAAAUUCCACAUCCUAGACGCCUCAAUGUCGCAAAAAUCCGGCAAGCCAGCACUGCCGAGGCCCUAAGCAGAGAAAUCCGGACCUGUUUUACGGCCCGAGUCGACGGAGAAGUCAGUAACCAGUGGUCGUCGCUGAAGACAUCAGUCUAUGGGGCAGCUGAGAAAAUCCUUGGAUACACCCAGCGACGCCGCAGUGACUGGAUCAGCGGACGAACCCUGGAGUUGUCUGCUCAGACGGCUAGAGCCAGGUCCCGCAACGAUGACCAUUUCCGCCAACUUCGGAAGAUGACGGCAAAAUCGGCCAGGGAUGACCGGAAACAAUAUUGGGCUGAAAUAGCGACAUCCAUGGAACAGGCCUCGAACGUUGGUGACACUCGAAAGCUCUACCGUCUGAUCCGCCAAGUUAGCGGUAAGCCCUCUACACUGAGUGACUCUGUUCGCGAUGUGAACGGCAGCUUUAUUGCUGACAACUCGGCCAAAGUCGAGCGCUGGCGUGAGCACUUUGAGCACCAUCUCAACUUCGAUACCCAACCUACAUCGCUCUUGUUCUCCUCCUCAGCGGAGUUUCUUCCCUCUCCUACCUAUGCAGUGCCAUGCGAUCCCCCUCCGAGGAAGAAGUCGCCAAUGCCAUACGAAAGUUGCGCAACAAUAAGGCACCCGGAGAGGACGGUAUACCCGCUGAAAUCUUUAAGUCUUGUGUCGACACUCUGGCGCCCUGGCUCCAUGAGGUGAUUGAACGAGCGUGGAGAGACGAGGUUGUUCCUGAUGACUGGGGCUUAGGCAUCCUUGUACCUAUCCUCAAGAAGGGAGAUAAGACGAGAUGCGAGAACUACCGCGGCAUAAGUCUCAUCGACGUUGCUGCGAAGAUCUUCGCUAUUGUCCUACUCGGACGAUUCCAGGCUGUGCGUGACUCAAGGACGAGGCCCAACCAAGCCGGAUUUCGUGCUGGCCGUGGAUGCGCAGAUCAGAUAUUCACACUGAGGCGCAUUCUCGAAUUUCGCCAUAGCUACCAACAACCGACGGCCGUCUGCUUCGUUGACUUUUCCGCCGCGUUCGAUUCCGUUCACCGUGAGUCCCUGUGGCGGAUAAUGGCGCUAGAUGGUGUACCGGCCAAAAUCAUCGCCAUGAUCAAGGCCUACUAUCGUUCCACUACUGCGAGAGUCCUGGUCCGUAACAAUUUUUCCCAACCGUUCGGUAUUCGGUCUGGCGUCCGACAGGGUUGUAUACUGUCACCCAUACUGUUCAACUACGCUAUUGACUGGAUCCUCGGGAGGGCCCUACGCGACAGUGACGGUGUUGAAUUUGCACCCGGACAUCGACUGACUGAUCUCGACUAUGCCGAUGAUAUCGCCUUACUUGCUUCAAGUUUUGGUGAUCUGCAGUCUAUGGUGUCACGAGUGAACGAGGUCGCUAAAUCAGUCGGUAUGUCCAUAAACGCUGGGAAGACCAAAGUAUUCUCAAGCUGCAUUCCUGACCAGGAGAAGGCACCCCUGGGGAUUGAUGGCUGUCAACUUGAAGAAGUGGACAGUUUUAAAUACCUCGGGGCGCGGCUGCUGCCUAAUGGACAGAGUAAGGACGACAUUGUCUCCCGAAUCGAUGCUGCCCGCUGGGUUUUUUCAAGCCUUCGGAAAUGCCUGUGGAACCGACGUGACCUCUCCAUCGCCACUAAGAUUCGCGUGUACCGUGCAUCUGUCCGGUCUGUCCUUCUCUACGGUUGUGAAUGCUGGGCUUUGCGUGUGGCGGAUGAGCGAAAACUGGAGGUAUUUGACCACCACUGCUUGAGGACCAUCCUUCGAGUGAAGUUAACCGACUUCGUCUCAAAUGAGAUAGUCCGCGCUCGCUGCGACAACAUCGCGAGGAUAACUCAGGCCAGCCAAGAAAGACGACUGAGGUGGUUCGGGCAUGUUCUUCGUCGUCCACCUCAGGAGCUCAGUGUUACUGCCCUCGAUCCGGCACCGUUGCCCAAUUGGAGGCGUCGAAGAGGGGGUCAGUUCAAAACCUGGCUCGACACUGUCCGUCAAGACAUGGAGGUGGUUCUUGGACCUUCGGUAUUCGGUCUCCGUCGUUGGCGAAGGGAAUGGGUUGAACUGUCUAGAUCUGCGGCCGCGGAUCGUCACGCGUGGAGAGGUACAAUUCGGGACAUCAUAGAGGCCGGCUAG